AUGUCUUCAUCAUACCACCAGACUGCAUCGGUGGCUACUGUGGCAUCCCACCGUCUACGUCAGAAACCGUCCUUCCGUGGGUCCAUCCAGAGUAAAAGUAAAAUCCAUGACCUUGCGGCCGGUUCAGACAUGCAUAACGGUCGAAAGUCGACGAAAGCUACAACUCGCGUGUCGAAAUCUGUGGUAUUGGAACUCGAUCCUACUGGAGGCCAAUGUCUUUUAACCAGAGAAUUGGAUGAUGAGGCACCGUUGGAGUUCGCACACAUAUUUCCACGGUGUGAGAUGAAUAAUGACGACCUAAUCACAAACUUAGAACGCGCGUGGGGAAUUGGACAUCGGUGUUUCAACAUUGACGACGCCAGAAACCUUCUUCUUCUUAAAGUCGAUUGGCACCGACUAUUCGAUGCCAAACGCUGGCUUUUGCUUCCCUCUCCCGACAUGGUCACGAACCUCCACAAUCACACAGAAGGCAACAUCACGUUGAGGUACAAUGGAGCCACAAAAUUCGAAUAUAAGAUGGUGCCAUUAGGAUCUAAACGGAUCAUGGACGUGUAUAGACACUCUCGACCUGACGGCGCCGAUGAGGAAAGUUCAGCAUCAUCCUACAAAUAUCCAUUUAGAAACCUGCCCACACUGGAGUCGCAUGUCCAGCCCCAUUGGGUCGUGCUCAAUGCUGGAAUGAAGCUGGACUCAAGAUCAGAAUGCGAAAUGGACGCUUUCUACGAGCGCGUCGCCGAUGCCUAUACCAUCAGUAGAGAUGAUGCGAUUGAUUUCAUCCAGACGUUAAUCGCUCUUAACACAAGAUGGAGGUCACCCACCGUAGCGAAUGAUGCCACACCCCAGGAGGUCGCGUCACUCAAAGUUGCGUUACCCAAGGUUUCGCUACCCAAGGUUGCGCUACCCAGGGUUAUGCUACCCAAGGUUGCGCUACCCAAGGUUGCGCUACCCAAGGUUACGCUACCCAAGGUUGCGCUACCCAAGGUUGCGCUACCCAAGGUUGCGCGACCCAAGGUUGCGCGACCCAAGGUUGCGCGACCCAAGGUUGUGUCACCCGAGGUUGCGUUAUCCAAGGUCGCGCCGCCCCAGCUUGCAUCGCCCCAGGUUGCAUUGUCCCAGGUUGCCUCGCUCCAGGUUGCGUCGCCCGAGAGCGCGUCACUCGAGGUUGCGCUACCCAAGGUCGCGUCCUUCCAGGUCGCGCCGCCCCAGGUUGCCUCGGUCCAGGUUGCGUCACCCGAGGUUGUGUUAUCCAAGGUCGCGUCCCUCCAGGUCACAUCGCCCCAGGUCGCAUCGCCCCAGGUCGCAUCGCCCCAGGUCGCAUCGCCCCAGGUCGCAUCGCCCCAGGUCGCAUCGCCCCAGGUCGCAUCGCCCCAGGUCGCAUCGCCCCAGGUCGCAUCGCCCCAGGUCGCAUCGCCCCAGGUCGCAUCGCCCCAGGUCGCAUCGCCCCAGGUCGCAUCGCCCCAGGUCGCAUCGCCCCAGGUCGCAUCGCCCCAGGUCGCAUCGCCCCAGGUUGCAUCGCCCCAGGUCACAUCGCCCCAGGUCACAUCGCCCCAGGUCACAUCGCCCCAGGUCACAUCGCCCGAGGGUGCCUCAACAACCCAAGUUGUGUCACCCGAGGUUGUGGAUGUUGUGGAUGUUGUGGAUGACAUUUCUGGCGAGGGCAAAGACUCGAGGUCCAACAAGUCCAGCGAUAGCCGUCGUUUCAUCAAACCCAUGACGACGACGCUUCAACACUAUUUGCACAAACGUUCUUCAAGCUCUCCCCAUUCGCCCUCUCUACGGAGUCCUGUACGGGAGGUAAAACGCAGCAAGAUCAGCUCUAUCUACAGUGGCAGGAAGCCUAAAAUCACUUAG